AUGAGCCGCCAACGAAGACAACGCUUGGCGGAAAAUUAUUUGGUCAUCUGGGUCGACGGCAACAUCGACAUGAAAAAUCAAGAUUGUCAACACACGCUCACACAAUUGCGUGAUGUUGUCAAUCAAGUCAACACAUGUACCACGGCGGAGGAAUGUGUCCGAAGCCUUGAAGAAAAUCAAGAGGAGACAUCAUUCGUGAUCUCCUCCGGUGCACUGGGACAACACCUUGUUCCAGAUAUUCAUGGCAUGCCAAAAUUGGAUGCCAUAUACAUCUUCUGUGGCAAUAAACAACGCCAUGAAGUAUGGGCUAAAAACUGGCCCAAAAUUAAAGGUGUACAUACAACAAUUAAAUCAAUAUGCAAAAAAUUGGAAAUCGCUGUCAAGCAAUGUAAUCAAGACAGUGUCAAGGUGAGUAUCAUCAGUGUUAAUGAAGCAGGUUCUAGUGAUAAUCUCAAUCAACUAGAACCUAGUUUCAUGUACACACAAAUAUUCAAGGAAAUACUCCUUGACAUGGAACAUGGCCAAGACGCCGUACAAGAGUUGGUGACAUAUUGUCAAGAACAAUAUCCAGGCAACAAGAAAGAACUUAAAAUUAUUGAAGAAUUUCGACGUAAUUAUAAUCCAACAGCAGCUAUAUGGUGGUAUACUCGCCAAUGUUUCACGUACAACAUGCUUAAUAAAGCAUUACGUACACUUGACGGUGAUAUCAUCAUCCGCAUGGGUUUCUUCCUGUGCGAUGUACACCGCCAAAUCGAACAGUUACACGAGAAACAGGUCAGUGGAUACCACGGGAAGAUUUUUACAGUCUUUCGGGGUCAAGGACUACCGAAAAGAGACUUAAAGAAGCUCGCCAAAAGCAAAGGCGGGCUUGUUUCUUUUAACAACUUUUUAUCCACAAGUAAAGUUCGAAAUGUGUCACUCGGCUUCGCCAAAGAUGCCUUAGAAACAGCGGAUCUAGCCGGUGUUCUAUUUCAAAUGACAAUCGAUCCUACAGUGUCAUCAACUCCAUUCGCCUCCAUCCGGGAGGUUAGUUACUUCCAGGCAGAAGAGGAAAUUCUCUUCUCCAUGCACACUGUUUUUCGAAUUGGCGAUGUUCGACAAAUUGACAAGGAAAAUCCACUUUAUGAAGUGGACCUGAAACUUACGUCCGAUGACGACGAACAACUUCGUGAAUUAACUGCUCGCAUACGAGAAGAAGUGUCAGGUAGCACAGGAUGGUAUCGAAUGGGUAAAUUGCUGCUCCAAAUUGGUCAAUUCAACAAGGCUGAAGAACUGUAUAUGGCACUACUCCAACAAGCAUCUGACGAUAGUGACAGAGCAUAUAUCUAUCACCAGCUUGGAUGGUUGAAAAGUGACCAAGGACAAUAUAAAGAAGCGGCUUCGUUUUACGAAAAGUCCCUCGAGAUCAAACGAAAAACUCUUCCAGAAGAUCAUCCUUCAUUGGCUCCUACGUACAGUAACAUCGGUCAAGUGUAUAACCACAUGGGUGACUACUCGAAAGCACUUGAAUUUUACGAAAAAUCACAUAAAAUCAAAGAAAUAGCUCUUCCUCCAAAUCAUCCCUCAUUGGCUACUUCAUACAACAACAUCGGUCAAGUGUAUGACAACAUGGGUGACUACUCGAAAGCACUUGAAUUUUACGAAAAGACACUGGAAAUCGACAAGAAAACUCUGCCUCAGAAUCAUCCCUCAUUGGCUACUUCAUACAACAACAUCGGUCUAGUGUAUAAAAACAUGGGUGACUACUCGAAAGCACUUGAAUUUCACGAAAAAUCACAUCAAAUCUACGAAAUUGCUCUGCCUGCGAAUCAUCCCUUACUGGCUACUUCAUACAACAACAUAGCUUGGGUAUAUAGAAAUAUGGGUGACUACAAGAAAGCACUUGAACUCUACAAGAAAGCACUUGUUAUCAAGCAAAUAUCACUUCCACCGGGACAUCCUAGUAUAAAAAGCGUGAAAAAUAGCAUUGAAUAUGUAGAGAAAAAGCUCUAA